UGUUUUAUACAUGCAGAGAUAGUAUUGAAAAUUACGUACAGUUACGUUGAUUCAAAGUUCAAAGAGGUUUUGCCUGUGGACAAGAAAGCUGUUCUUAUUACUGGAUGCGAUACGGGUUUUGGACACUUCAUCGCUGUUCGAUUAGCUAAAGAUGGCUUUAUAGUGUUUGCUGGUGUAUUAGAUAUAAAUUGCAAAGGAGCAAACAAAUUAAAGAAUAGAAAGUUACCCAAUCUGCAUUUAAUACAGUUAGAUGUCACAAAAUCAGUCGAAAUACAGAAUGCAGUUGAUAAUGUUCAAAAAAUAGGCACAGGUUUAUGGGGAGUUAUAAACAACGCAGGAUUUGGUAUACCCGGAGACAUCGAGUUCUGUUUACUAGACCAUUAUAGAAAAUGUCAGGAAGUUAAUCUGAACGGUCAAAUCGCAAUCGUCAAAGCUUUUCUACCAAUGAUUCGAAAAUCUAAAGGCAGAAUUGUGAAUGUAUCCAGUGUAGCUGGCAGGUUUUCAUGGCCAGGUCUUUCAAACUACAAUAUUACUAAACAUGGAGUAGAGACAUUCACUGAUUCCUUACGAUUAGAAAUGGGAAAGUUUGGCGUGGGCGUAUCUAUGAUAGAACCUGGAGCGUUUUCACAUGCUACUGGGUUUGCUUCGGAUGAAGUGUGUGAACGGUUGAAAAAAAAUAUUGAUGACAUGUGGAAUGCGUCUACACCGGAAAUGAAAGAAACCUAUGGUGAAAAGUACCCGUAUUUGAUGUACCAGAUGUUUUUAGGGCUCAACUCAGAAUAUACUGACGCCAAUGCGGAAGAAAAUGUCGUUCCUAUAAUGGAUGUAAUGGUUGAUGCCUUAGUCAAUAUUAGUCCUAAACCACGAUAUCUUGUUGCUGGUGGAACUGGCUUGUGUGACAUAUAUGUCCUAUAUGCUAUCCUCUGUCCAUAUUUGCCAGAGUUCAUCUCGGAUUAUUUCAUAAGCCGUCAUACAGGAUGUUAUAAAUCCAUAUCUGAACAAACCAAUUAGUCUAUAUACAUAUGAUGUUGUUAGUGAAGAAAUUUAUAGAUAAAUAUGACAAUCAUUAAUAAUGUAAUUGAUAUAUAA